UAUAAUUAAGAUAGUUUUUAAAGAAGAAUGAAUGAAGAGCUAUAUAUUAUAAAUUUUGCUGUAUUUUUUAAGCCUUCACCAAGCAAGAAACAGAAAGUAGAGGCAGAUGGAGAUUCAGAAAAGAAAGUUCCAGCCAAAAAGGGGAAGAAAGCCCCCCUUCGUAAGGAGGAUACAAUUGAACCCUUACCAGAGGGGACCGACACCUCAUUUCCCACGGAGGUUAAUCCAGACGCCAAGACAAAGGAUGGGAGGAAAUUUACCCUGAAGAUUGCCUCCUGGAAUCUUAAUGGCAUUAGAGCCUGGUACGAUAAAGACAAGAUGUCCUACAUGAAGACUGAGUCCCCCGACAUUCUGUGUGUCCAGGAAACCAAGUGUCAGGAGGAUCAACUACCCCCCGGGGUCAUCGACAAAAAUUACCACAUCUACUGGUCCCCGGCAGAGAAGGCGGGGUACGCAGGAACGGGACUGUACAGCAAAAAGAAACCAAUUAAUGUCACAUAUGGGAUAGGUGUCGCCAAGCAUGAUGACGAGGGUCGAGUCAUCACAGCUGAAUAUGAAGACUUCUUUAUGGUCAACGCCUAUGUUCCAAAUUCUGGUAAAGGACUGGUGCGGCUGAAGUACAGGACGGAGGAGUGGGACUGUGCCUUUACUGAUUACCUGAAGAAACUGGAUGCCAAGAAACCGGUCAUCAUGUGUGGAGACCUCAAUGUGGCCCACACCCCUGUAGAUUUAAAGAAUCCUGCUACCAACAGAAAUAAGACACCAGGUUACACUGAUCAGGAGAGGGAGGGGUUCACUAAGCUCCUGGGGGAGGGGUUUGUCGACUCGUUCCGCGCCCUGUACCCUAACGCUAGGGACUGCUGGUCAUUCUGGACGUACAUGAUGAAUGCCAGGGCCAAGAACAUUGGGUGGCGAUUGGACUACUUUGUGAUCUCCGAACGACUCCAGAAAGAUCUUUGUGACAGUAUUAUACAACAGAAGGUCAUGGGGAGUGACCACUGUCCAAUCGUAUUACUGAUGGCGGGGCUCAAAUAGGGGGAACCACAGGGAUCCAAGAAUAAAAUAUAAGAUCUGGAUCAGAUGUAGGACAAGAUCUCCUGUGACUUAGUGUCGUGAAUGAAAUGCGCAAGAUGUAGAUCUGUGUUGGUGAUCUGUAAAAUGUGGAUUAGUAGUACAUGUGCAUUAGUCAAUUAUCGAUCUGCUUUUUCACCUAUAGACUCAUUUAGUAGCACACUGAAAGUGGUUAUUGUAAGAAGGUUGUAUGUAGUAGCCCCUGCUUUGUUUUUAAUGUUGGCCAAACAAAAAUUAUGGUUUUGAGUAGGACAAAUUUAUUGCCUGCAAAAAAGUGAUUAUUUGCACAUGGGG